AUCUAUCUAACCACACACAGAGAACAUAGGGAGAUUGAAGAUCGCAUAUAGAGAGGUAGUGUUGUGCAGUGGGAAGCAUGCAGGUCCGCGCGCAAACGUCCCUGUCUGGGCAGGCUAGCUGCAGCACUUUAAAGCUGCAGCAACUCACGCACCAAAGGGUGCCUGGAAGCGCUCCGAACAACUUGUGGCGCCGUAUUUGCCGUGCUCAAAGGCAGUCCUUCAUCGUGAGAGCUGCUGAUGACAAGAAGAGUGGGAUCAGUGCAGUAGUCGAAAAGGUGAAGGAGGCCCUGCCAGCUCUUGAAGAAAUAGUGGACGAGAACAUUCUCGAUUAUUGCACAUUGGACAAGACGGGGGCUCGCCCGAGGAGUAAGAAGAGCCUCGGUGAGAAGGAGCAAGACUUUUUGGAAGCAUUGCGGGCGUUUUACUAUGAGGAAGCACCGACAAUGUCGAAUGAAGAGUUUGACAACCUGAAAGAGGAACUUUUGUGGGCUGGGAGCAAGGUAGCGAUUCUGAGCUCAACAGAACAGAGGUUUCUGGAGGCAUCAUUGGCAUUCCAGGCAGGAAAGUCUAUUGUGUCGGACGAGGAGUAUGACUCUCUGAAGGACCAGCUGCGGAAGAAGAACAGCAAAGUUGUACAGCAGGGACCUAGGUGCAGCAUCAGAAGCCGAAGAAUCUACAGCGAUGCAGUUCCAGAUUACCUGAAGAUGACCCUCCUCAAUCUUCCUGCAGCCAUUUUCACGCUCAUUGUGUUGUUCAGCAUCGAUGACUUGACGGGCUUUGAGAUCACCAAGCUAGUGGAGUUGCCAGAGCCCUUUGGUAUCUUUGCUGUCUGGGGAUUUGUGCUGCCGUUGACAUACAUUGUUUCAAGCUCACUCACCAAUCUCGCUCUGAAGGACUUCCUCAUCCUGAAGGGUCCUUGCCCCAACUGCCUCACAGAGGUUCAGACUUACUUUGGGGACAUCCUGACCGUGAAGGGCUCGCGCGACACCAACCUUGUGCAGUGCGGCAACUGCAAGGCCAAGAUCACCGUGGAUGCCACAAAGCGCUCGAUGAUCAUUUCGGAGAUGCCUGGAUCCGGACCGAGCGGCUCCUCAUCAGCAUCCAAGAAAGAGCCCUCGCCUGCUUGAGACCAUUUUGGCAUGUAAUAAAGAUUUUUUGAGGGAAUGGUACUCCUUUGGGAACUGAGGUGAAGUGCGGUUUCCUUGUAUAGCUGGUCUGUGCUGCUGCAAGAUAGGCCAUCACUUGCCGAUGUUGGAGAUGUGCGUAUCUUAGUGGACAAGACUACCGUAUUUCCUGCCAGAAACUGCGAUUCUUUGGUUUGAUCAUGACCCAUAGAUGAUUGGGAUGGGCGCAAGCAGGACUUGGAGGAAUCUACUAAGAGAAGACUAAUUUCUGCACUGAGUCUAUCAAGAUCGGUGCUCUGCGAUUGCUUGUGCACACGUGGCCACAGCAUCAAGAGAAUGAUACUGUUUGCACCUGUCACAACGGUUCUAAAUUUGGAGAGAUUUGAUCACAGGUAAUCUGGAAGGACUGCGAUGCUGUACCUGCAUCAAUCGUGAGAUGAGAUUAUGUGCAAUUUGUGGCUCUUUUGAAGUAUCUGUUGUAAAAUUGAACUUCUGAC